AUGCAGAGUGGUCGAGUGUGUAUCGUAGGUGGCGGUGCCUCUGGUCUUGUGUGUGCACAUAUUCUUGCCUUAGAUUACAAUUUUGAACCUACUAUUUUUGAGCAAAAUGCAUUUAUCGGUGGUCAAUGGCACUAUGAUCCGGAUGCAACUGUUGGUACGUCAGCAGUUUAUCGUGACAUUCGCGUGUAUACAAAAUGGUCUGUCAUGCAAUUUACUGAUUUUCCUGAUCCUAACAGCGGAACUAAGUCACAUAUCAGUUGUACUGAAAUGGAAGAAUAUUUGAUUGCCUAUGUUAAACAAUAUCAUCUUCACAAAUAUAUCCUUCUUAAUACUAAAGUUCAGUCAAUUGAUGAAUCAUUUACGGUUACCUACGCUACGCGCCUUGAUUCCUCUCAACAAGAACAACAGCUACCUGUGCGUCCUCAUCAAAUUUUGUUGAAAAAAAGCGAUGAUUACGCAAUUUAUUCGGAGAAAUUUGAUGCGAUAUGUGUAGCCAAUGGUCACAAUUCUGAGGUGUUCAUUCCUGAAGAUAUUCCAGGUUUGCACAGUUGUGAACGAACUUUUCCAAUCUUACAUUCGAAAACAUAUCGUCGUCCAGAAGAUUUCAAAGAUCAAUGUGUAAUUGUCGUUGGUGGUAGCCAUUCAGGCAUUGAUAUUGCUGGUGAAUUGGCACCAGUAGCCAAACAAGUAGUGUUGAGCAUGAAAGAAGACAACAAAAUGUUUGACUUAGUUAUCAGUUUACUUCGUCGAGGUCAAAAACAAUUAUGUACCGAUUUUCUUACAACAACAUUUUCAUUUGCACCGGCUAUCGAACGUAUUGAUCGUGAUACAGUCUAUUUCAAAGAUAAGACUCAAAUCAAACCUGAUUGUCUCAUCCUUGCCACUGGAUAUAAAUAUAGCAUACCUUUUCUUCAGGGUAAUUUGCGUGUUGAUGGUCGAGAGAAGCAUCGCUACGUAUAUCCAUUAUAUAAACAUAUGUUUCAUGUCAAUUAUCCUAAUGGUACACUUGCUUUUAUUAAUAUUCCCUCUGGUGUUGCUGCAUUUCCAUUUGCCGAAGUGCAAUCACAUUUUAUAGCACGUGUGUUACGUGGUGAAGUUCAAUUACCGUCAAGAGAUGUGAUGAUGUCCGAAGUUGAUAAUCCAUUAUUACCACAGAAUCCAAAAUAUCAUUUUCUAAAUAUGAUUGACUAUGUUCGAACAUUGUUAGAAAUGAUGAAAGAAAGUGACAAAAACUAUAAUUAUAUAUUUACAAUUGAUGAUGAACGACGAGUUCAUAAAAUAAUCAAAGAAUAA